CUACAUUUUUUGCAGUAAUGCGGCUUAUCGGGAAUCCUUUCGGUGCCCUAAUUAGUGCCUAGUGUGUUUAUAAGUAUAUACGGCUCUGUCUAUUCCGCCAGGUCUUACGAGUUCUUACGAGUUCUUAUGUCAGUUGACGACGCUAUUCUUUAGAGACUUUAUUUUUAUAUUCGCGCGAUAAAAUCUAACAAACAGAAGUCAUUUUGCGUCAACUGUUAUCGGUUAUGUAAGGUUAUGAUAUCGACUCGAGCCUUUCUGAGAGGCCAGAGUUAUUUCUCAUCUGAAUGAAGAUUUAAAAAUUGCAGAACUAUUACUUAAGAUAUAGUGGAAAUUGUUCAAAGAAAUCAGACUUCGCUUGAAUUAAUUAUGAGUAAAACACCAGUUUCCAUUCUCCAAGAGAUGAUGGUGAAACAGGGUAUGGUACCCGAUUACGAGUUGAUACACAACGGUGGAGGUCGUCAUGUGAAUACAUUUACAUAUCGAGUUAUAUGCGAUGGUCUCACUGCGAUUGGUUCAGGUCGUUGUAAAAAGGAAGCUAAACAUGAGGCUGCUAAAGCUAUGUUAACGGAGAUUAUUAAACAUAGAAACUACCCACAAUUGCCAGCUGCUAGUACACCAGCAGUAUCUCCUGCUAGAUCACCAUUCCAUUCUGCUCCUCUUCCACCAAAAAUACCAGCAAAUGUACCUUUUGUUAAUGCCAUAGGUGAAUUACAGGAUCUGUGCGCUGAAAAUAAUUUAAUGGAACCAGAAUAUGUUCUUACCAAAGAUACUGGACCACCACAUGCUAGAAUCUUCACUAUUCAGUGUAAAGUGUCAAAUUUUGUAGAAGAAGGAGUGCAAUCCACAAAGAAGCAAGCAAAACAUGAAGCUGCGAGAAAAAUGGUAGAAAGAAUAAAAGGCCUCGUAAGUCAGAUGAAUAGUACAGAGGAUAAAGAAGAAUCUUUGAACGCAUCCUUAGUAACUGAUGAAAUGGAAAUAAUGAAUAGAAACGCAAAAGAAUACUACCAAGCAUUAAACAAAUCGACAAGAAGGAUUAAUUUAGGUAUUAAAUUAGCUGAAUAUCACACUAAAUGGAGAGAUUCUUUGGAAGAGGAUAAACGCAAUAAAAUAUUAGAAGAAUUGCAUUGCAUAAAUUUCGAAACUUGCGAUGAUACAGAUGAAUUAAAUGAACUAAUAAAAGAAACGUUAUCUAGAUUAGAAACCAUACUGUUAGAGGUUAAUGUAACAGUUAAUACAAAAGAUAUACUUGCGGAUAAUAAUUAUUUUAUGAAAACAAUAGAGCUCAAUACUUGUCCCCUCCUCACACAGAUUGGUAUGGGAAAAACUAAGCAGGAGGCUUUGCGGAAUGCCUUAUUCCAGAUAAUAAAUUCUCUAAAGCUGCUUCUGUCAUAAAAUAUGUGAUUGAAAUAGUUAUAUAAUAAAUGCAAAAUCAAAUUUUACAAUAU